CAUAAUCGUCCCACUUUACUCUUUCCCCUCCACGCCCCUCUGCUGCCUGCUUCUUCUUCUUCUUCUUCUUCUUCUUCUUCUCCAUUUCACGGUUCAAUCGUCUGUCGUCUUCCUUAUAGCGAGAACGAGCUCGAAGCAGGGCAACCCAUCGACCCUUUGUUUCUCUGUAGUUCAGAGGAGAGCGAGAAAGCUUAAGUUGAGAGAUGUCUUCGUCGGUGGUGGAGUUCGCUUCUUCCAACGAUAACCAUGAAGACCACAGCAACAACGACCGCCUCGACCUGAUGGCGCUCCCGCCCGGCUCCGAUCCGCCAGUCCACAACCUCUCCCUCCCCAGAGAGACCUUCCUCCGCGCCGCCCUAUCCCUCAAGGACCAGGUGGUGCAGGUAACGUGGUGGGAACGAGGUGGUGGCGUACGGUCCGGUCCUGACCCGACUGCCUAUACGGGUCUGCUCGGGACGGCGUUCACCUGCCUGAGGUCGUACGAGGCCACCGGAAACCAGCAGGACCUGCUGCUCAGCGCCAACAUCGUAGAUGCGUGCGCGGCCUUUGCCCGUGCCACCUCUCGGCACGUGACAUUUUUAUGCGGGAAAGGUGGGGUAUAUGCAGUGGGAGCUGUAGUUGCCAACUAUUUGAGGGACCAUCAAAGGCGUGACUUUUUCUUGAACCUUUUCCUCGAGCUAGCACAGGAGAGAGCCCUACCAGUGGGGCCCGAGGAGGGUGGGCUUGGGAUGUCUUACGACCUUCUUUAUGGCCGAGCAGGAUUCCUAUGGGCGGCCCUAUUCAUAAACAAGCACUUGGGAGAAGACACUAUCCCGAACGAGCUCCUAAUGCCGAUCGUAGAUGCUGUCCUUGCUGGAGGCAGGGCAGGAGCAUCGGACAUCACAGCUUGUCCCUUGAUGUACAGGUGGCACGGGACCCGUUACCUGGGUGGAGCCAAUGGGCUUGCAGGGAUCCUGCAAGUCCUCCUCCACUUCCCGCUCUCGGAGAUGCGGGCUGAGGACGUCAAGGGCACUCUACGAUACAUGAGGAGCAAUAGGUUCCCCCACAGCGGGAACUACCCUUCGAGCCAAGGGAACCCGAGGGACAAGCUUGUGCAGUGGUCCCACGGGGCAACUGGAGUUGGCAUCACUCUGUGCAAGGCUUCUCAGGUGUUCCCAAACGAUAGGGAGUUCCGGGACGCGGCCAUAGAGGCAGGGGAAGUUGUGUGGAAGAGCGGACUAGUAAAGAAAGUGGGCCUGGCGGAUGGCGUUUCCGGGAACUCCUACGCGUUCCUCUCUCUCUAUCGUCUCACAGGGGAACCCAUCUACGAGGAGAGGGCGAAGGCGUUUGCGGGCUUCCUGUACCACAACACCACAGGGCUCGUGAGAUCAGGCCGGGCCGAGAACGCCUGCAGCCUGUACCAGGGGCUCGCGGGGACGGCGUGCCUGUGGUUCGAUCUGUUCAAUCCCGAGAACUCUAAAUUUCCGGGGUACGAGCUGUAGAGCAUGUGGGGAGGGCAUCAGUUUGAAAGAUGAGUGCCUUAAGGUCAAGAUUGAGUUAUGUGUGGCUCUAGUGAGUAUAUUCGACGGGUAUGUACGUAAAGAAGGCUUGCCCUCACUGGAGGAGUGGUGAGCAAGUUAACGAGGAAUCUGAAUUUAGUUAAUGUAUCUACUAGUAAAUGAGUUAAAGUCGGAGUAAGACCGCCCCAAAGUGAUUUUCAUGUAUAGCAUAGCUCUGACGCCGUUCGAUGGAAACAAAUGUGAUAUAAAAAUGAGAAACGAUCGCAUCAUGGAUCAGUUAAAA